AAGGUUUAUUGUUCUUAAUUCUUAUGGCCUAUGGGUUUCCUUCUUUUUUUUUUAUUUAUUUGUGUGGACUAGAUUUUGAUUUGUUUAGGGAAUAACUAGAGUUAUUUACAUGGAUUAUUGAUGAAUUAGAAUUGCCGACAGGAAUCAAAUUCCGAAUUCUUUUGAAACAAAUUCAAAUUCAAAUUCCCAAUUUUAUUUUUUUCGAACUUCGAUUGUUUGGUUUUAUCUAGUUUUGUCCUUAAUUCUUAUCUGCCUUUCUGUUAUUCUUAAUGAAUUAUUUAUUUCUCAGGAAAAAAAAUUGAUUGAAAAUCUGUGGCCGUCGAUUUUUGCUCUUAAGUCAUGGUUUAAAGUUUAGGGUUAUCGUUCAGGUACCGUCAGUCUGGCGUUGAAUGUACCAAUGUAAAGCUAAAGAGGGGCCUUUAUUUUCGUAUUCAUUGCCAGAAAAACAGGAGAAGGGAUUCUCCCUUUCAUGAGAUUGAAGUUUUUUCAUAACUAUGUUUGGUGAAAAAGGUUUGGAUCUCUUCUACAUGUAUUGGUUUAGUUUCCCCUGGUGGUAAAAAAAAACUCCCUUCACUCUGGCAGCUGCAACUAGCUUCAAGUCUUCUCGCACCUUCAAAUGGGUGUGGGAUAAUGGAGUGAUAUCUAUUGGUGUUUUGAGGAAAUCAAGAUCAUCACACAUUUGGAGAUUGUGUCGUGUCUUAGAGGGGCUGUCGCUCGAUUACGGUUAAGCAAAUGUAGGCUGUCUGUGGAUGUAGUUUUUCAGUUGGUCCUCCUUCUCCACAAUGGUUAUAUUUUCUUGUUUCCAUGCUCACAAUCAUAACCACAAAGUAAAGAAAAUGGACCAACCAUCUUCCGAAGCAAUGCAGAAAUCACUCCAAGAUCUUUCUCAAAGUAAUGUAUCAAAGAAUCCUCCUCAGAGUACAACACCUCCUCAGAGUACAACUCCUAAUCAAUUAUUGAUAAAGACUAAUGAUAAACAAGAUACCAGCAGAGCAAAUCACAUGGCUUCCAUCAUUGAGAAUAGCAGAAUGUCUAAUGAGACGUAUCGCCUGAAGAAAAGUCAGUCCCUAGGAAGCAUGCCAUAUGGGGAUGGUUUGGCUGGUGCAGACAACGACACCGAAGAAGGCAGAGUAUUUUCCUGUGACAGUUCCCAAUGUAGGCUUGAGAUUUCAGAUUCUGGAAAGGCUCGAGGAUUGGGCAUCUCUGAUCAGUUUAAAGACAUCAUAGCCUCAGACUCUAUUCGUGCAAGUUCUUGUGCUGUUAUUACAGAAGAAAUCUUCUCUACUGAUGACCCGGCAUGUAGAGAAACAGAAGGUGGGGAUAAUGCAGGCUGUAUGUUAUCUUUUGAUGGUGAUAAUAGGAAUUAUACACCUAGCAGCACCACACAAAUGAUUGUAAAAUCCUGUUCAAUGCCAAACUUUAAUGCCUCAUCACCUGUUUCUGGUGGUUCUCCCUCUAAGGAUUUCCUACCACCAUCGAGAUCUUCAGAAGAUCUCCAGCUCUAUGUUGCAAGGCAUGGAGAGAUCUCACUUCAUGAGAUGGAAGCCCAGGUAAAUGGAUUGCAAUCAAGAGAAGAUAUUGUGCAUGAAAAUGGGAGAACUUAUUAUGAAAAUUUGUCGGAUGACGGGAAAGAUUCUUCUUACUGUGAUGUUGAGCGGGACUGGAAGACAUCAGUUGUAGAUGAAAUAAACCCAAGGGAGACUCUACAAGAAGAAUCUGAAUCCUCGGUACAAUAUCUUAAUGAAUUGCCAACCAAUGACUUCAGGAUGAAGCGGAUUGAGGAGUGGGUCAGUGAUCUUCAAUUUUGUAAUUCGUAUGAUGAAACAACUGAAGUAUAUGAAUCUGCUGUUAAUGAAGUGAAAAGAGAUUCUAGUAUAGAAAUUGGUUCCAGUGUUGGACGAGUCGAUUCCAAAGCAACUGCAGGCAUGGAAGCUGCUAAGAGAUAUAUAUCUUCAAUGAAUGCAGGAGCCACUACUGCACAGUUGGCAAACCAUGGAUUGGUUGUGAUCCCAUUUCUUAGCGCAUUUGGAAGCUUAAAGGUGCUCAAUCUACCAGCAAACUCCAUAGGAAAAAUUACUGCCGGUUCUCUACCCCGAGGUUUACAUAGCCUGAAUUUGUCAAAAAAUAACAUUGCAAACAUUGAAGGCUUACGGGAAUUGACACGACUACGUGCUUUGGAUUUGAGCUAUAACCGGAUAUGCCGAAUUGGACAUGGCUUGGCUUCUUGCUCAUCGUUGAAGGAGUUGUAUUUAGCUGGAAAUAAAAUUAGCGAGGUAGAAGGUCUUCACCGACUCUUAAAAUUAUGCAUACUCGACCUACGCUUUAACAAGAUAUCGACAAUCAAGAGUCUCGGUCAACUCGCUGCCAAUUACAAUUCUUUGCAAGUCAUCAGCCUGGAAGGCAACCCAGCACAGAAGAAUGUUGGAGACGACCAAUUGAAGAAACAGCUGCAGAGCCUUCUUCCACAUCUGGUUUACUAUAACCGACAGCCCACCAAAGGCGGUACCUUGAAGGAUGGUACCGACCGGUCAGUCCGCCUAGGCAUAAGUAGCCAUCAGCUCGAGCAUGGUGCAAGACCAGAUCACAAGAGCGUGAGGAAGACUGCUCACAGCCACAGAAGCCAGGGAUUAGUCUCGCCUAGACGAUACAAGCUUCGCCAUGGAAAUGUCCAUGCCCUGCCCCCUACUGGAAGUAAAGUAAAUGGCAGUACUCGACAACACCAUCGUCUUGAAAUGAGCAGUAGGCAAUUAGAGUAUAAAUCGGACUCUCAUAUGCGACGGAGUCGGAGUGAGGGAACUUUGGCUGAUCUUUGAGUUAAUUAUUUAUUACUAUACUUAUUGAAUGAGUUAAGUUGUCUGAACUACUCUUUUGAACUAUGUUGCUUAGUGUUCAAUAAUCACUUUUGAGCUAAGUUUAGUGUUCAAUAAUCUCUCUCAAGUUCAAUGUUAUCAAAAUUUGAAUUUUCUUUA